AUGACUGAGCUGGUUUCUUCAGAUAACAACUUCCCGCCUCACAAGACGGAGUUUUCCAGGGCUCGUUACCAGAUCGCAAAGAUCCUCGACACAAGUGGGAACGGGGCAAAGGUCGAGGCGGAGAUGAAAGUUUCUUGGAGCGAUCCUGAAAAAUCCGAGCCCCGCCCCGGCGCGAGGUACCAAAUGACGCCCUUGCUCGAUUUUGAGAACAGUUGGAGGCGUUUCAUGGACGCCAAUGAGGGGCUGUUCUACGGCGUCGUUCUUUGCCGAGGGCUUUUUGCCUUUCGCCCUUCCGGUGCCGAUGGCACCGCACCGAACACUCGUGUCUCCUUGAUAUCUUAUCGACCAGCGUAA